CUACCUUUCACCUUGCACACUGCCUACGAGUCCGCCUUACUAUCUUCUCAUCAGCAUGGUCUCCCGAUACUGCUCUGCUACAUACUCUCGCUGAGGCAAUGCUACGGCACUCCGCAGCUCCUACACUCCUUCGACCUCUAUCUCGUGCGUUGCGGACACAUCUUCUUGGCUCAUCUGCACACGCUAGCAGCAGUAGCGGCUUCUUCUCUUCUUCCAGACAUUCGCUGGCAUCCUUUUCUACUUUGACUCGUCUUUAUCUCUCUCACACUAGACAGAGAGCCUCUAGACAUCUCACAAGCCAGCUUCCAGCAGUCAGGAUGACAUCCAGCGCCUCGAGCUCGUCUGCUCCACAACCCCUACUGCCUGACUCGCUACACAUCUCUCAACUCUCCGUGCGCAUUCCCCUCGGCGUCGACUCAUGGGAGCGUCUCACCCCGCAUCAGCCUGUCACCUUAGACAUACAGGUCCACACGGAUGUCAGUAAAGCGGGGAGGAGCGAUCAUUUGCCUUAUAGUAUUCAUUAUGGCAUCUUGGUCAAGGAGGUGGAGAAGCAUUGUGAAGAGGCGGGGAGAGAGGGCGGGAGGAGAUACAGGAGCUUGGAGGGCUUGGCUGACGGCAUCGCCAAGGUCUGCCUCUUCGUGUGCAAAGCGCCCAAGGUAACACUCAAGGUCCAGAAGCCCCGCUCUCUGCUGCACGCCCGCUCCGCAGGAGUUGAAAUCUUCCGAGUAGCAGAAGACUUUGAGCAUUCCGACGGGACUCCAGCUAAGCAUGGCGAGGAUGUAGCAGACUUGCAUACUCUCAGUCUUGCGCCUGACUCCGUUUCGGCCAUCGAGGACAAGGUGGUGGUCAAGGACCUUCUCAUUACUACGAUCCUGGGAGUGAACCCCUGGGAGCGCGUAGACAAGCAGGUAGUCAAGGUCAAUCUCACCGUCUUCAGUGGGUUAGAGCGAUCUCACAAGGUCCCUUCGACGGUGGACACCGUUACCAGUCCACAGAACUACCGUACUAUUGUGCGAGCCAUCACAGAGCAUAUAGAGAGUACCAACUACAAGACCGUCGAGUCGCUCGCCCUGAGCAUCGCAAGAGUGGCCGUUGUGCGCAAUCGGGUACCCAAAAUUCGGGUGAGGGUAGACAAGCCCAGUGCCAUCAUGUUCGCAGAUGCUGCUGGCUGCGAGGUGGAGAGGGACUGGCGCUUCUUCGAGAAUGAAGACUUGGGCAGAGGUGAAGCUCUGCCAGCGGCCUCUGGAUUUGCAAAGCCCACAACUGCUCCUCUGCCGACUGUAGCAGCAACGACAAGGCCUUCUUCGCCCACCUCCACGUCCGAGUGGCACGUAGCAGCCAUUGCCCUCGGCUCCAACUUAGGCGAUCGAGCCCUCAACAUUGAGCGAGCCGUGCAAGCCCUUAGCUCUUCUCCAGACUGCAAAUUGAUCGACACCUCCUUCCUCUACGACACAUCUCCCAUGUACUACACCGAUCAGCCUUCCUUCCUGAAUGGCGCCUGCCGGAUCGCUACGCGUCUCUCCCCCGAGAGGCUCCUGGAUUUGACGCAGUCCAUUGAAGUGCAGCUGGGAAGAGAUAAGCGUGGUGUACCCAUCAAGGGCCCGCGUAGGGUAGAUCUCGACAUCGUCUUCUACGACCGCCUAGAGAUGAGCACGGAGCGACUCACCAUCCCACAUCCUGGAGUCAAGGAGCGAGAAUUUGUGUUGAGGCCACUGGCGGACAUUUUACCUCAGUAUGCGCACCCGACGUCCAGGAGGAGCGUGCAACAGCUGCUCAACCUCCUUGUCAAUUCUGAAGAGUACGAGCCUGCAGACGUCAAGCGGGUCAUGCCGCUCGGCAGGAACAGGGCGUCGGCAGCAUCAGCAAGUGUGGGCGAGCAAGAUGGAUCUGCUUCUGCUGCUGCCUUCUGGACGUGGGGCGAGCGUACCUACCUAAUGGGCAUCAUCAAUGCCACUCCCGACUCCUUUUCGGACGGAGGCGACAAUCUCUACGUCGAAGCAGCGAUCAAGACGGCUACCAGUAUGGUCUCUCAAGGCGUGGAUAUCCUCGAUGUAGGUGGUAUGAGCACCGCACCUAAUGCGGUCGAGGUGGACGAGAAAGAGGAAACCGCCCGUGUCGUACCGGUGAUCAAGGCGAUCCGCGCCGCAGGGAUCAGCACACCCAUCUCCAUCGACACUUUCCGUGCGGGUGUAGCACAGGCUGCUCUAGAUGCAGGCGCAGAUGUGAUCAACGAUGUUACGGGCGGGGAGCGUGAUGUUCGUAUCCUCGACGUGGCCCGCGAGGCAGGAGUGCCUUACAUCCUCAUGCACACCCGAGGCGACAGUAAGACAAUGGGUCGUCUUGCCUCGUAUCCAGGAGGCGUAGUCGAGGGUGUCUGCUCCGAGCUGGCAACGAGGGUACAGAGAGCACUGCGUCGAGGUGUGCGCAGGUGGAACCUAGUACUGGAUCCAGGCGUGGGUUUCGCAAAGGAUGCAGAGGGCAACUUGGACCUCAUUCGUGGCCUUGCUCGCAUGACUGGUGGGGGAGGAGGCGCUGGUCUAGGAGGAGGAGCAGGAGCAGGAGCGGGAGCAGGCAUGAGAGGAGCGAUCCCGGGACUCAUUACACCGGAGCCUGCAACCUCUCGCGUCGUCUCUCCCAAAGUCUCCACCAUCGAUCUCCCCACCUCGAGCAAUGGCGCCAUCGCUGUCAAGGUGAACGGCAGCAGCAGCGAGGUGGUCCCCUCCUCGGACUUCAAUGACGAAGACGACGAGGAUCCCUCCCACCUUCCCUCUUCCUCCCUUCACGCCUUUCCCCUCUUACUCGGUCCCUCGCGCAAGCGCUUCAUUGGUUCUCUCACAGGGAAAGAAGAACCAAAGGAUCGCGUCUUUGGUACUGCCGCCGCGUGCGUAGCGGCCGUUGCUGGUGGAGUGGAUAUACUCAGGGUGCACGAUGUACCGGAGAUGAGGGAUGUAGUGAGCAUGGCGGACGCAAUCUAUCGAAGGCGUGGGGGAGGGGGAGAGAAGAAGGUGAAGGAGGGAGUAGAGUGAAGAAGGUGAAGGAGGGUGUAGAGUGAAGAAGGUGAAGGGGGGAGUGGAGUGAAGGAGUAAAGGAGAGGUGGAAAGGGCAAGAGGUUUUGCUUUUCUGAAAGCGUAUGUGGCCAAUUGUCAAGCCCUAGAAUGUUUCAAUCGCAAUGCUCCUCUUUUGUGCGUCAUUCGAGGCGCUUGCUUCUCUACUCCACCGGAGCAACCCCAACUCAUAGCUUGGCCUGAGGCAAGG